AUGCUGUCUGGAAAUGAGUAUCAGACUAAUGUCAGUACUCAGCUGCAGUACCGGGGCUUACUGGAAAAAGUGAUGUUUUCCACUCUGACCACAGUGCCAUGCUGUGUGUUUCUCUUCAUUAACGGGACCAUGUUAUUCACCCUGAGGAGUAGACGAGUGUUUCGUGAGACCUCGCGUUACAUUCUGCUGUAUAACCUGCUGUUUGCAGACACUGUACAGCUGGCACAGGCCCAGCUGCUGUACCUACUGGCUGUUAGUAGGAUACUGCUGAUGUACUCUGCAUGUGUUGUUCUCACUCUGCUCACUGAUCUCACAAAUGACAUCUCCCCUCUCACGCUGGUGGUGAUGUCUUUGGAGAGGUACGUAGCUGUGUGCUACCCACUGAGGCACACUACAGUUGUCACCGUUAGAAACGGCAUGCUACAGUUGUCACCGUUAGAAACAGUGGCCGUUACUGUGGUUUGGGCCUUCAGCUCAUUAAAUAUGCUCAUUCGAGUGCUUUUGCUGUUAGAUUUUAUAUCUGCAAACCUGCAAAUGAAUGACAUUUGUGGCAGAGAAAGCAUGUUGCUUUCUCCAGUGUCUGAUCUUUAUGACAAAGUCUACUAUUAUGUUCUGUUCGUAUCAGCUUCUGCAGUGAUCACGUCCUCCUAUAUUGGUGUGAUGGUAGCAGCCAGGGCAGCCUCCACGGACAAAGCUUCAGCUCGAAAGGCUCGUAACACGCUGCUGCUGCACCUGGUGCAGCUCAGCCUCUGUCUGUUGUCAACUAUGCACAGCCAAAUUCUUAUAGUUCUUUCAAAAAUUGUAACAAGGCUAGUGUUUGUGUACAUCCAGAUUGUUUUCUAUGUGUGUAUUUUCAUCUCUCCCAGAUGUUUGAGUGCGCUGAUCUAUGGUAUCAGAGACCAGACCAUCAGACCCGUCCUCGUGAACUAUCUUUGCUAUCGGAAACUCUGUCCUUCCAGUCAAGGCUGA